AUUGGCGCAGGUGAUCCGUCUGAGGAUGCGAGAGGAGAGCGGAGGAGAGGGGAAGAGAGAGGGGAAAGCGCCGAUGGAAAAGUGUCCAGGGCUCGGUUAACAAGAAAACAGGAUACCGGCCCUCUUCAGUUCGUCCUGGGACCCUCGGAGAUGAGAGAUUAACCGAAAGGGGCACUUUGAGAUAUGAUGAGGUUUAUUUCUGGCCGGCAAUAGUACUAUGAUUUGGUAUGUGGCCACUUUGAUAGCAAGUGUAUUCAGCACCCGAGGAACGGCUGCUCAAGGUGCCCACGGAGUGCGAGAGGAGCCACAGUUUGUGACGGCCCGUGCGGGAGAGAACGUCAUCCUGGGAUGCGACGUGUCCCACCCCCUGAACGGCCAGCCCUACGUGGUGGAGUGGUUCAAGUAUGGAAUGCCCAUCCCCUUCUUCAUCAACUUUCGCUUCUACCCUCCUCACGUGGACCCAGAGUACGCCGGCCGGGCCAGUCUGCACGGCAAGUCCUCCCUGAGGAUAGAGAAUGUGCGAUCAGACGACCAGGGCUGGUAUGAGUGCAAGGUGCUGAUGCUGGAGCAGCAGUACGACACCUUCCACAAUGGCAGCUGGGUGCAUCUGACCGUCAACGCUCCCCCCACGUUCACGGAUACGCCACCUCAGUAUGUCGAAGCCAAGGAGGGGGGCAGCAUCACUUUGACGUGCACGGCCUUCGGCAACCCCAGACCCUCGGUCAGCUGGCUGCGGGAAGGCAGCCUCAUGAUCAGCAGUGCCAAGUACAAGGUGUCUGAUGGGAGUUUGACGGUGCUGUCCAUCACCAGGGAGGACCGUGGGGCCUACACGUGUCGAGGCUUCAGCCCCCAGGGAGAGGUCAUUCACACCACACGGCUGCUGGUACAAGGCCCUCCGUUCAUUAUAUCGCCACCUGAGAACAUCACAGUGAACAUCUCGCAGGAUGCCUUCUUCACCUGCCAGGCGGAGGCCUACCCUCGCAACCUGACCUACACCUGGUUCUGGGAAGAGGACAACGUCUUCUUCAAGAAUGACCUAAAGCGCAGAGUCAGUAUUCUUAUUGACGGUUCUCUCAUCAUUGCCCAAGUCAAGCCGGAGGAUGCUGGGAAAUAUACCUGUGCUCCCAGCAACAGCCUGGGCCAACCACCGACUGCCUCUGCCUACAUUACAGUGCAAUAUCCUGCCCGUGUGGUGAACAUGCCAUCCGUCAUCUACGUCGCCAUUGGUCUGCCUGGCUUUAUCCGCUGUCCCAUAGAUGCCAACCCCCCUGUAACUCUGGUUAAGUGGAAGAAAGAUGGCCUCCCUCUGCGGAUUGAUAAGUACCCUGGCUGGAGCCAAAAGGAGGAUGGGAGCAUCCGUGUGGCAGAGGUGACGGAGGACUCUCUCGGCACCUACACCUGCAUGCCUUACAAUGCCCUGGGAUCCAUGGGAUGGUCCCCUCCUGCUCCCCUGGUGCUAAAGGACCCUCCCAAAUUCUCAGUGGUUCCUGGUGGGGAGUACAGGCAGGAGGCUGGCAGAGAACUGGUCAUUCCCUGUGAGGCAGAGGGAGACCCCUUUCCCAACAUCACAUGGAGGAAGGUGGGGAAGCCCAGCAAAAGCAAGCACAAUGUUCUGCCCCGAGGCAGCCUACAGUUCAAGUCUCUCACAAAGGACGACCACGGGGAGUGGGAGUGUGUCGCCACCAACGUUGCCACGAGCAUCACUGCCAGCACGCACGUCCAAGUUAUAGGCACAAGCCCCCACGCCCCCACCAACAUCCACGUGGCGGUGUCCUCCACCUGGGCCAACGUGUCCUGGGAGGUGGGAUAUGACGGAGGCUUCCAGCAGACAUUUUCAGUCUGGUAUGGCUAUGUGCUGAAGAGGGAGCGGUUAGGUCCACACGACUGGCUUUCAAUACCCGUGGCCGGAGGCCACGACUGGAUGGUGGUGCCCAGCUUGGAGCCAGAGACAACGUACCAGUUCAGCAUCCUAGCCCAAAACAAGCUUGGCACAGGCCCUUUCAGCGAGGUUGUCACUGUUAACACACCAGUAUUUCCCAUAAGUACCCCCGAACCAUUGGUGCUGCUUACCCCACCACGGUGCCUCACAGCCAAUCGCACCCAGCAGGGAGUCCUGCUCACCUGGAUCCUGCCUGCCAAUCAUACAGCACCCAUCCAGCAUUACGUCAUGGAGUUCCGCCUUGGGGAGCGGUGGGAAGUCUUGGACGACAGCAUUCCUGCUGGGGAGACGGACUUGCUCGCCCGAGACCUGAUCCAGGAGGCUUGGUACGAGUUCCGCGUCAUGGCCGUCAUGGACGACACCAUCAGCGAGCCCAGCAACGUAGUAGGAGUGUCCAGCACAGACUUCUUCCCUCCUCCGGAGAUGGUGGAGGAACGUGGACUGGCACGGCCCGUCGUGGCCGGCAUCGUGGCCACCAUUUGUUUCCUGGCAGCAGCUGUGCUAUUCAGCACGAUGGCGGCCUGUUUCGUCAACAAGCAGCGCAGGAGGAAGCUUAAGAAGAAAAGAGACCCCCCUCUCUCCAUAACCCACUGCAGAAAAAGCAUGGAAACUCCGAGUCCACUUAGCCUCAUUCCCAGCAUUGAACCCUACUGGGAGGGGGUGGACGCAGGCAGGUACAGGCCCCGACCCUCCAGUCCUCAGUCAUCGUCAGGAAAGGUGAGCCCAGAGAGCAUGCGUUCAAAGGCAUCCCUGUCAGAGUCAUCUGAAGAUGGUCAUGAGCAGCAGGGGACGAAACCCCCCCCAAGUCCGGGGAGGAGGGAGGAGUUGUCUUUAUACAAGAAGACUAAAAGAGCAAUAACGAGCAAGAAAUACGGCAUCUCCAAGCAUGAAGCAGAAGCAACAACACCAAUUGAACUUAUCUGCCGAGGCCCAGAUGGACGCUUUGUCAUAGAUUCCACUGACCCAGAAAUGUCUGUUAAGCCCCGGCGGAUUGUGGGCUUUCCCUUUGUGGAAGAGUCAGACCUCUAUCCUGAAUUCCGUCAGUCAGACGAAGAGAAUGACGAUCCCAGGCCUCUGCCCCCAGUUAUGGCACCACUUCGGCCUCACCAGUUUUCCCCGAUCUCCAGUCAGGAAUCCUACCUGCAACCUCCAGCUUACAGCCCUCGUUUCCAGAGGCCCUUCGAAGGUAUGACCAUCAUGGAGAGCAGUCGGCUCCAGGCCACUGGGCAGAUCAGAGGUUCUCUCCACCACAGAGCGUUCUAUGGCUACCUAGGCCCCCCUGGGGAUCAUGAUCCCCCACCUCCUUUUUACAUGCCUGAUACUAGCCCUCUCAGCUCAGUCAUGUCCUCCCCUCCAUACCUUGCUGAAGGUCCUUUCGGUCACCCUAUGAUUCCUGAAGAAAUGGGGGAGGGGGACUUCCCACAAUAUGCUGUCCCUGGUUUCCCACUUCCUCUGACACUCGCCUCUUCCUCUCGUUCCCCGGAGAUUUGGCAAGGACUGGAUUUUACCUUUGCAAGUCUGGAGGGGCCCCAAUUCAUUUUUCCGCCCCAUCACCCUUUGCAUCUCCGCCACGACUCACCCUAUCCUCCUGCCCCUCAUGUUCUUCCCCUGAGUGCUUUCCAUCCGUCCUCUCUUCCAAUGCCUACUUAUCCAGCUGUCCUGCCACUGGGGGUCCAAAAGAGCCGCUCAAGCAAGUCUCCAAGCAAGGCCAGGCUUCGUGGCUCUCCAGCCAAGCAUUUUGCUAUGCAAGAGGCACAUUUAGGGCACCUAAGACACACAAGCCACGGUAUUGGUGUGCCGGUUUUUCCUUACACCGAUCAAAUGGCACAUAUUGUCCCUAGCACAUUCAGUAGCUUGGACACACGUUGGUUUGAAACCACUCCUCGUUUCAGUCCCAGGCAGGCUCGUAGGAUGGAUUCUGGCAUGCAUCAGGUGGUUCUCCAGCCCUCCCGACUCUCACCCCUUACCCAAAGCCCACUUAGUUCUCACAAUGGCUCCCCAGAGAUUGUAGUACGCCCCAGACCACGUCCCAGCAUUGUCCAACCACACGUUCCCCCAGAGAUGUCUGAGAUUACGCUCCUCCCUCCUUCCACAGCCAGCUUCUCAAGGAGAUCUACCCCCUCCCCCUUACCUGCUCAAGGCAAGGUUAGCAGGAGAGCAAGUCCCAGCUACCGUUCCCACAUGGCCUUUGCCACGUCUGCAACCAGCUACCCAGCUUCCCAGUCCCCGUCACCCCCCAUGGAAAGCAGCAACAUUUUUGGGCAGAUGCCAUCUCAGAGGAGGACUGAGGAGGGGAUCCUUCCAUCUGAGCCCUCUCCAGCCCAGUUGUCAGCUUCAGGAAAACAUCGAGGUGCGCCGAGUGCCCUUUCGGGGUCUGAGAGGAUUGAUGCACUGAGAUACCAACGUAUUAAGAAGGCCAAGAAGAUGAUGAUGAACAACAAUAACUCCAAGUCCAGAAAGAAAGCAGGUGUCACCACCUCUCAGACCCAGCAGGCCUACACCUCUCAGGUACACCAGCCCGAAGAAGCUCUCUACUUCCGCAAGAAGAAGAAGCGGCCCAUCCUCAACGACCCUUACACGCGCUUUUCUGCUCUGCUGUACCGCCGCCCACCCCGAGAGGACCAGAAGGCUAUUCUGGCCAGCAUGGACAACAUAGACCUGGACCACGCCACGCUCCUCUGAAAGCCCUUAAUAUCAAGGUUACAAUCAUGCAAUAUGCCCUCAUUCCAAGAACAACACUUGCAACAUACCAUACAGUAAAUACAAACAAGAUGUUUGCAAUGUAUUGUCUACAAAUGGGGUGAGCACUACAUUUCAGUUCUCAGAUUUAGUACAAAUCUAUCGCUCAGUUCAAUCUGCACUAGCAAGCAUUCUGGCAUGUUCCAUCUGUGCGGACAGUACAGUGAUGAGUGAUUGUGCGCACACAAAAGUGCAUUGGUACUUUUAAAGUUAAAAAAAAGAUCUUUGUGCGCUAAAAUCUAGAGGGAGUCCCUUCAAAUAUACAUUUCAAAUGAAAACGACAGCUUUUCACAAGUUUUACUCCAGUGCAAAAAGAUCAAUUCAAAAAGUAGCGAUACAUUCAUGCAAACCAAACCAAACCAGUUUUCCCUCGUCAGUGUUACAGUUUCAUUUUUAAAUCCAGACUUAGAUCAUGGUUCUUUUUUUUUUGACCCCCGCAACAAAAAAACUAUCCUUGCAGGUCUCCGUUUACAGCCGCUUCAAGCAACGUCUCCUUUGUGGAGAGAAACCUGCCUCACAAAUGUGGACGUUCUCACUUCCUAACGAUUAUACCUCAGAGCACAGGGCACGAGACCACGUGACCACCAGAGCAGCCAGCAGAACAACCAAGCCUUUCUCCAUCUCUGUGUUCCACUGGCCUUCCUUACAGUAUAGUGACAUGUUAAAGCUCUGUUCCCUUCCGUUGUUUUUUUAGAUGUGAAUAGGUUGAGUUCAUUCAGUUCAUUUAGCUUGCAUGAGGAUGAUUUGGUCACAUCUUAACACAAAAUGACUUCACUCAGCCAACUGAAGGAAUUCUCUUGACUCUCACUAUAUUCCAUUUCUUUGUCAUUUAACAAGCACUUAACCGUACAUUUGCAUUCCACUCACUAAUGAUGAACCACUAAAGCGCUGAUUCAACUACUUUCAGUUACUCUAUAUAACUUCUCAUAUAUCAUGUAAUUGUUUGCACUGGAGCAAAACCUUCUCUAUUUUACUUCCAAUGUGUGUCUGCUUCUUUACAUCGCCAGUUCUUCUACUUUAGGAAGUGUAGAGGGUUCAGAAAUACCUAUAGUUAUGCCAAAAACAAUUAAAUUUAAAAAAAAAACGUACAUAGUGGAGGGUAAGAUUGUGUGCCAUAGUAUACUAUAGUAUUUUCUUCAUGCAUAUAAAGAGGGCAUGACAAACAGUAACUUUGUUUGGCCUUAAUUGAGCUUCUGGUUGGUUGCCUGCUUCACUUUUUAUUUAUAAUCAAUUCUUUUUAUAAUUCUAUUUGUUUGUGCGUGCUCUUUGUAUUCUGUCUCUUUAUGGGCUUGUCAUUCUCAAUGCUGAGGGUGAACUCACCCGUUAACAACUUGGUUUGUGAAAGUUUUACUUUCAGUUUGAAGCUUCCAGUACUGAGAUGAUUCAACUUUUCAAACUGACAUGAAAAUGUGGACACCUGGGGGCUGUUUUUCUUGGAUGAGUGUGGGAAGUGCCAUAACAUCAAAAAUGUAACUGUAUCACCCAUUGCACACGUUCAGCUCAUUCAUAUUUUAGAUUUAACAGAGAGAGGUUGUAUACUGUAACAGUUUUACUGCUGUUUUUUAAAUUGUGUUGUUAAAGGUGCUCAGAUUUUUCAGAAAUUGAAUUCAUAACAUAUCUCGGGUUUCUGUACUUCUGAAAUGUGUCCUGAGUAGCAUCGCUCAUAGUUAUGUUCGAGGAAUUUGUAAGCAUCUUUUUCUUUAAUUCUUUUGACUUUUGUCAACUACAUCAUAGUCCAAUUCUCCAUAAGUAAACACGGUUGCUUGAUUAAGAUAUUUCCACAAUGAAUGUCUGCAAAAUGAGAGUCGUGAAACUAUUAAAGAGAAGCUGACUUCUCAUCUAAUAUUAGAUAUUUUAAGUGCAGGAGAAGUGUAGAAAAGAUAUGAUAAAAUCUAUUUACAUAAAAUGAUCUCACAUACAACGGAAUCAAGUUAAUAAAGUCAUCAUGCACACACAUUGGGGUUAUUUUAUCAGUUACAAAAAAUGAGCAGUUUUAGUAAAGAAGCUAGUGCCUUUAUGAUGGAAUUAUGAUGUCUACAACAGUCGGAGCAUUUGGUGGCUAACAGAAAAGAAUGUGUCAAUAUAAUGCACUUAUUGUGGAAAUAACUUUUAUUUUAUUACAUCUAAUGUUGACAGGUCAUCGCAGGGCGCUGAGCGGUUGUAUCAAACACUUGUUGCUAAUGGUGCUAAGCGAGCCGCGUAUGUGCAACGCCAUACCGGUGAGUAUAUAUAUUAAUGAUUACAAAUGCCACUUCCAAGACCCGGUGUUAGAAGGCACUUGUUGGAGAAAUACGGUGGGAUUUAGAAAUCACUCCGAAUGGGGCCUCUUCCUCUAUAAAACCCUUUAUUUAUAGUAAAUCAACCAUGAUAUCGCAGGCACUUUACUGCAAACUGUUCCCCAAGACAAACAUUGCUGAAUUAUCUCAAAGCAGUCUCCUAUGAUUUUCUACCAAAGAUGGAACGUUUUAGGAUGGGAUCAAUACUAAUCCGGGGUUUAAAUCAUGGCUUUAAAACAAAAACAACAAAUGUUUUGUCUGUUCGUCAGCUUCUAUUGUACAUUCUGUACUGCACCAGCCUAUUCUUACAAUAUACACACCAAUAACAUUGCUUUUUUCUGGGUGAGGAAUUCACUUUGUAUCCCUAAAAUCGGUGGCACUCCUUCCACGUAACACUGACCCGACUGUUCCUGGUUCUAAUUACUGCAUCUUGGUAAGACUGGCAGAUGAGAAAAACACUGAAAGAUGUGGAGAAAAUACCUAAAUAUACAUUGUAUUAAUCAUGGAAAUGUGUAGAUACAAUGAAUCUAUAUAUUGUAAAAUGGAAAGAAAAAUAUAAUGAAUAGAAUAUUUUACUUAAAUUGCGCAAUAAUAUGCAUGCAAUCAAUCUGAAACAUAUACCCAUUCAUUUUUAUUUGAAUGUAUUAGUUAUUAUGUGGAUAUAUGGAAAUAAUCGAGGUAAGCAUCUACAUCCCCUCAAAUGCAAAGUAAAAAACGAACCCAUUUAAAGGCCUGAAAUGUGCAUAGUGAGGGUUCAGUGGGAUCAUUUUAACCCGGCUGAGCUCAGCGUAGAAGUACUGUAUACCUCUUAAUAUGCCACUGUGAAAUAUGUACAUAGUGUACAGUAUAGUGAAAGAUAUUACAUGGUAACAGUUGAAUGCUACUAACAACAAUGGGAGUUAAAGAAAUGAACCCCGGGAGUUUAUUUAAGUGCUGCUGAACAUGUUUGGGCUCAUUACAAAACUCUAAAUAAAUACAUUUUGAAUUCACUAAAAAAUGACGUCCCCAGUUAACAACUCACAUAAAGACAAUUUAUGUAGAUUUCUCAGAUGUUCAGUUAACAUAAUAAACAAGGCGCGGUCUAAUGGUCACUAUUGGUGUAUUCAGGAGAAAUCUAGGCACCAAUGGAAAGACUAGUAAAAUAAACAUGUGUGUAUAUUGGACUUUUUCUUCCCACUCGUCUGAAAAAAAGAAGCAAAAUAGAGCAAUAUGUGUAAAACAAUUGUAACUGGCAGUUUCUCCCCUUUAAAAAAGCAUCACGAUGCAACAAACAACAUACAUUUAGUGGAACAGCUAGAAUUGAUUUAAGAUAAUUUGGUAAUUGGAACGUGUAGAGUUGCUCCUUUACUACUUCUGUGAUGACAAUUAAUUUGAUUGAUAUUUUUAUAACACAUGCUAGGUGAAGAAAACCAAGUCCAGUCCAGUUGCGCAACUACAUUGUGACUUGUGUAAAGUCCAGUGCAUAGAUGUAAACUUCUAUGUGAAAUAUUAGGUUAGAAUGACGACGGACUACGUGCCGUAAUGAGGGGUUUCUUUGAGUCACGCAUGUGUACAGUAGCUUUGACAUUAGAGUGACGUGGACAGCAAUGUACUACUGCACACGACUCUUAAAUAGCUUACAAACAGUCAGGAUUAUUAAGAAUAUCUCAGUACUGUAUCUCUCUUGACUCCUGAACCAGACAUUGUGCUCUGGCUUCACAUCCUGUACCAUGCAUCUAGAGAGGGACUUCGGAGCAGGAAGGAUCUUUGGUGCAGCACAGGUUGUUCUGUUGUAGAUGCAUUGUAACCCGAUAGUCCCCCUUUAAUGCACCUCAUUGCAUCUUAUAUCUAAAACAUGCAACUAAUUGUUGUAAAUUUGACUUUAAUCAUCAUAUCACUGAGAUCCAUGGGAUUUCUGUAAAUAUAUUGACACUCACAGAGCUGACAUACUUACAAUGUUAUUGAUCUAAUAGCAUAAGUCACAAGUUUCAACGUCCUUCUGCACAGACUUGUAAAAUCAAUUGAUAACAAUAAAUUACCUGACAUUCACAAAAGGAUCAUGACCGUGAUCUAAUCUAAAUCUGAAAUGAUACAGCAGGAGAAUUGUUAUGAUGUAUCUUUCCUCCUCAUUUGAGGCGUCACAAAUUUGAGAUUUAACGACCACAAACAUUUUGUUACUCUUUGUAAAUAAUAUUUCAAAUAAGCUUUACUUGUCAUAUAUCUAUUUUUUGUAGAAGAAAAUAUGAUGCACAUUCAACCCUAUUUAAGACUCAGUGGGAACUGAGUACUAUCCCUCAGUGACACAAUAUAAAACGGUGCAACAGACCCAUCACUAUCUUCUAAAUGCUAGAAUUUAGUUCAAGAAUUUAAUACCAUAAAGGCAGGAAAUAUAAAUAGAUAUAAAUAUAUUGUCAUUGUACAAAAAUGGUUAUAUGAAUAUAUAUAUAUAUAUAUAUAUAUAUAUUUGUAUAUGUAUAUAUAUAUAUAUAUUAGGGGACAGUACUUGUUUUCAAGAAUGUAUAAGUCUAUAUUCUAUUAUUUUUAUAUCCAUUUGUUGCUCUUUAUUGUAGCAAAUACACAAAGUAGAGAAAAUGGGUCUCAGUUUUUUAGCUCGUGUGCAAAACAAAAGAGAAUGGUGCACCACCAACAUUGUCACUGUACUGUACAUCUGACGUGUGUCACACAGAGAAGGACACGGCAAACUAGCUAUCAGCAAUGUCCAUUUGGUGUGAAUAGAAAAUGUAAUUGUUGUAUAUGUGUGGGCCACCUUACCUUUACUACCUAACUAUAUACAUAUAUUUUCCACCAGGUUAGCUUCUGUGUUUACACCUGUAUGUUUUUUUUGUUUUACUUGGACUGAAAGAACGGCGAGACUCUCUUUCCCGACUAUGGUGCUCCUUUGCGCCGUGUACCACAGCAGAGCA